UGUCUGUUCCGAGUUGUUGCAAGUUGCAGGAAUUCAGCCCAAAACGCGGUGUCCUCCAGUGACCUCACAUCCUGUUCCCUCCCACUUCUGAAUGGACCGGUUCCGGACGGUCCGGUCUCAGCGCUGAGUGGGUCCGUGUUGUGUCGGCGCGUGUCUUCACACGUUCCGGCCGCUGUGUUGCACGCGAGCCCACUGAAUGCCAUGGUUUACUCACCUGUUGCGCAUUGAUGAACUCAUCGUUGUUGCACUUCUGACACAAUGAAGACGAGAGAGGUGACGAUUAUAAACCAGGGUCUGGAGGAUGAGAUGGAGGUGUGGGGUUACCGGCCCUGUCUGUGGAAGAGGGUCCUGGUGGGUGGAGGUGCUGUGUGCUCCGGGGGUCUCCUGCUGCUCCUGCUCUACUGGCUGCCUGAGUGGGGUGUUAAGGGCACCUGCACACACACCUCGCUGAGGGACGCACACACACUGCUGCUGAGGACCACGGAUGAGUUUAAGCAGUGGUUUCGAGCCAAAGUUCACGUGAUGUCGGCUCCGGGGAAGAAACCCUUUGACAGCUUGGACCUGCAGUCCACGGCCCAACGACCCAACGGAGGCGGAGACCACGGCAUCAGCGCUGUGCUCAACGAGCAUCAUGGGAAAUUGAAACAAUCUUUUCAGAUCCACUACUUCACCCACCACAGUACUAAAUACUACUGGAAUGAUAUGAUGCAGAACUUUGAAUUGUACAAAGGCUUGGAGGAUGUGAAGGUGAGCUGUGCAGACAUCCACUCUGACCAUAGCCCUGGACUUUCUAAAACACGGCAGGACUACAGGAGGUUGUUUUUUGGGGUGAAUGAGAUUGCCGUAAGGGUGCCGUCUCUAUUCAAGCUCCUCAUGAAGGAAGUCUUGAAUCCCUUCUACAUUUUCCAGUUCUUCAGUGUCAUCCUUUGGAGUGCUGAGGACUACUACUAUUAUGCUACAGCCAUAGUUUUUAUGUCUGUGAUUUCAAUAGCUACCUCACUGUACACCAUUAAAAAGCAAUACGUGAUGCUGCACGACAUGGUGUCGGCACACAGCGUGAUCCGUGUUUCAGUGUGCAGAGGAAGUAAAGAUAUUGAACAGGCCAUGUCAACCGAUCUUGUGCCUGGUGAUGUCAUCAUUAUUCCAGCCAACGGGAUGGUCAUGCCCUGCGACGCUGUGCUCGUACAUGGGACCUGCAUUGUAAAUGAAAGCAUGUUGACAGGAGAGAGCGUGCCAGUUACCAAGACAAGUCUGCCCAGUUCAGGCGAGGAGGCGGCCAGGAGCUUCAAUAUGGAGGAGCAUAAAAGACACACCCUGUUCUGUGGGACGCACGUCAUCCAGACGCGCUUCUACGCUGGAGAGCUGGUGGAGGCGGUUGUAGUCAGAACAGGCUUCAGUACAGAGAAAGGCCAACUUGUGCGCUCCAUCCUCCACCCUAAACCCACUGACUUCAAGCUGUACCGCGAUGCGUACCUUUUCUUGUUGUGUCUGGUGGGGGUGGCAGGCAUCGGCUUCAUCUACACCAUCAUCCUCAGUAUCAUGAACAAGGUUCCAGCUAAAACCAUCAUCAUUGAAUCCCUGGACAUCAUCACCAUCACCGUGCCCCCCGCUUUACCGGCGGCCAUGACAGCUGGUAUCGUGUACGCGCAGCGUCGUCUGAAGCGCGUCGGCAUCUUUUGCAUCAGUCCUCAGAGGAUCAACAUGUGUGGUCAACUGAACCUGGUUUGCUUUGACAAGACUGGCACUCUGACCGAGGACGGUUUGGACCUGUGGGGCGUCCAGACAGCUGAAGGUGGCAGAUUUUCUCUCCCAGAGGCUGAUGCAGCUAUAGAAAGUCUGGUUAACAGUGUGUUUGUGGCCGGCAUGGCCACCUGCCACUCACUGACCAAGAUUGAGGGCGUGCUUUCCGGAGACCCUUUAGACCUCAAGAUGUUCAGCGCUACAGGAUGGAUCCUAGAGGAGCCCACAGAGGAAGAGACUGCCCUUCACAAUCCCAUAAUGCCCACAGUGGUGCGACCUCCAAAGCACUCGGUCCCUGAAGCCAACCAGAACAAUCCACUAACUCACAACAUGGAGCUUUCUGAAUUAUCAUCCUGUGAGAUCGGUAUUGUGCAUCAGUUCCCCUUCUCCUCGACCCUGCAGAGGAUGAGUGUGGUGAUCAGGAGGCUCGGGGAAAAACACAUGCAUGCUUUCUUGAAAGGAGCACCGGAGGUUGUGGUCAGCCUCUGCAGACCGCACACAGUCCCACAGAGCUUCACAGAGACUCUGGAGACUUACACCAGGCAAGGUUUCAGGGUUAUUGCCCUGGCACAUCGGCAGCUGGAGUCAAAACUCUCCUGGCACAAAGUCCAGAGCCUCAGCAGGGUCCUGAUAGAAACCAACAUGGAGUUCCUUGGUUUGAUCAUCAUGCAGAACAAAAUAAAAGAGGAGACUGCUGGGGUUUUACUUGAAUUACGGCAAGCUAACAUCCGCACUUUGAUGGUCACAGGUGACAACAUGUUGACGGCGAUAUCUGUGGCUCGAGAUUGUGGGAUGGUCCGUGUACAUGAGCGGGUCAUAAUUGCAGAUGCUGCGCCUCCUAAGGAUUUCCACCCUGCUAGUAUCACAUGGCAUUACACUGAAAACCCAGCUCAGACCAACAAGAGCAAUCAGUCUGUGGAGAUCAACCUGGAGCCCGGGGUACAUGACCAGAGAGUUACUCAGCAGGAACAAAGCUAUCACUUUGCUGUGACUGGCAGGGCCUUCGCUGUUGUCACAGAGUUUUUCCCUCAGCUCGUCCAAAAGCUCGUGCUCAGAGGCACUGUGUUUGCCCGCAUGGCUCCAGACCAGAAAACUCAGCUGGUGGAAGUUUUGCAGAGCAUUGACUACACUGUUGGGAUGUGUGGUGAUGGGGCAAAUGAUUGUGGAGCUUUGAAGAGAGCUCACAGUGGGAUCUCUCUGUCUGAGCUAGAGGCCUCUGUUGCUUCACCUUUCACCUCCACCACCUCAAACAUCUCCUGUGUCCCCAACCUCAUCAGAGAGGGCCGAGCUGCCCUCAUAACAUCGUUCUGCGUGUUCAAGUUCAUGGCUCUCUACAGCGUCAUCCAGUACCUCAGUGUCACCUUGCUCUACUCGAUUCUCAGCAACUUGGGAGACUUCCAGUUCCUCUUCAUUGACAUCGCCAUCAUUCUCAUCAUUGCAUUCACAAUGAGUCUGAACCCGGCAUGGAAGGAGCUGGUGUGGCGCCGCCCGCCAUCCAGUCUGAUCUCCGGCCGGCUACUCUGCUCAGUUCUGACCCAGAUCCUCACCUGCCUGGUCUUCCAGGUCCUGGCUUUCCUCUUGGUACGUCAGCAGAGCUGGUAUGAGACAUGGACGCCUCAGUCGGAUGCCUGUAAUGUUUCCAGCUCCGGUCUCUCUCACAGCCGGAAUGUAACGAGCCCCCACGACCACAAAAACAUCAAGAACUACGAGAACACCACCCUCUUCUACGUCUCCUCCUUCCAGUAUUUGGCUGUAGCCAUCAUUUUCUCCAAAGGAAAGCCCUUCAGACAGCCGAGCUACAAGAACUGGCCGUUCAUGCUGUCCUGCAUCAGCCUGUACACCUUUGUCCUCCUCAUCAUGCUGUAUCCGGUUCCUGCCAUCGACAAUUUCCUGGAGAUCGUGUGUGUUCCCCAUGACUGGCGCGUUACCCUGGUCAUUAUUGUCAUCGUGAAUGCGGCUGUGUCUUUCACGCUGGAGAUUUUGAUCCUUGACAUCAUCUUGCGGAGGCUAGUUUUCAGAUGCAAUCAGGGGCUCAGUCGCCCCACAGAGCCGCUCUCUGCUGACACGCCUCAGGAGGCCAAUGAUCGCUGGGGCUCGUCCUUCCUCUCCUGGUUGUUCUGUCGGAGAAACAAGCCCCCGAGGGUGCUCUACAUGCAGCUGGCCCUGGAGCUGCAGGGCGACGCCGACUGGCCUCCCAGACCCUCCACUGUCACCUACGCCAGCGAUCUACAAUCCCACAUCGAUGCCCCCCUCUGACACCAACGUGACCAACAAGCUACUGCACAGACUAAACCUCAAACUUUAGCUUGAGUUGAGCUCAGAUGAUGUGACAGAUGGUCAGAUGAUGUGCGUGGGACUUUGAACCGGCGGGCCAAUCCAGGAGCCUCAUGAAGGUGAGGCGUCCUAUUGCAACGAAUGGCCGACUGAGCUGCUCGUACAGAAAGUUAUCUUUUGUUUCGGUUGACCUCAUCAGGAUAAAACACUCUGCACUUGUCACACUGCUGGAACUGGAGCCAGAGGCUUCUAAUAGUUCAACAUUUUGGGAAAUAUGGAAUUCUUCUCAGCAAAGGAAAUUAGUAUGCAAUAUAUCCCAAAAUGUUAAACUAUUACUUUAAGAUGAUUACUAACUCAAAUGUACUUAGCUACCAAUGCUUUAAUUCCUUUCUUAGCUCCUUUAGUUUAGGAUACACAAAGGAAAGAAGAUAAUGCCGCCUCACAAUUCCUUGCGGUGGCAACAUUUAAAGUGACGCACCUUUCGGCCGUCCAUUAAAAUAAACCAUAUGCCUAUCUUGCACAGGUUGAACAAUUCUUUUCAUACAAUCAUAAACUAAUGGGAUUCAUGUUCAUAAGUAUGAAUAGACAGUGACAAACAUUUUGUUUUAUUUUAUUUUUAAUGUAUUUAUUUUCUUAAAACAUGUAACAAAUAAGUAAGAAAGCAGAACAAGAAUAUGAAAUAAAAUUAACAGUUAAUAUAGCAAACUGUCAAUGAACAAAUGAUCAUUCUCAAUAACAAGAAGCGACAGUUAAAAAAAAGACAAAAAAGCUAGUCCUAUGAUAAACUGUUAAAAAGCAAAAAAUAACCGAAAGGUUGUAUCUGAAAUAUUGAUAGUUUCAUAGAUAUUGCACACGUUAAUCGUCGGCUUCUAUUGGAAGCAGUGUUGAUUGUGAGCUGUGACAGCCGCAGGAGGGAAGGACCUCGGUUUCUCUCUACAAACCAUGACUGAAGCAGGCCGCUCCAGAAGGAGCUCCGUAUGUUGCCUGCAUGCUAAAUUCUAAUAUAUUUCAAAUAGGAUAAUGUCUUCGGUGCGCUUUUUGUCGUCCUUCUUCGUCGUAGUUGUGUCAUGGCAGACCCACGUCAGUGACAUCCACCGUUGCAUCAUAGUUACGUAGUUUAGUGAAGUGGAGUCGGGCUCUCUGAGCACUACAGUUGUUUAUUCCUUAAAUCUUUAUGAAUUCUUCUUCUCAUCUUUCCUUGAGCUCAUGAUGUUUUCCAUUGAGGUCAAAGAAAAGUGGUUAGGAAUAGACGUGAGGAGUUAACGUUCUGACUUUUUGACGUUUUGACCGUAGCAGAAACUACCACAGAGGCUUUGAGGACUUUGCCUCUCGUCAUUAAACUUCAGAGGUGUGUCGUAGAGAUGAAAAUGAAGGCCAAGUUUAAAGAUGGCUCGGUGGGUAGAAGUGGGGAAUAUGUUGGCAUAAAAGCACUGGAUGAAUAUUUCUCCUUCAAUGAAAAUAAAAACAUAGCCUAUCAAUAGCUGCCACUUAAAUCUAAAAGUUGUCAAACAGUUUAAGGUCAUAACGAUUUAAAGACACGAGACACUUAAAAUGUUAUAAACAUAACUGUUACGUUUGUAUUUCUAAGACGGAAAACAUUCCACUGCUAAAUUUCUGAAUUUGCUUCAGUUGAAAUUCUUCCUGUGGAAGAGAGAAGCAGAACUGAGUGUGCGUGUGCGACUGUGAGUACAUGUGUGUGUGUGUGUGUGUGUGUAUGAGAAAGAGAGCAAGACCGUGCGUUAGUUAAUCAGAGAAUCAAAACAAUGUCUGUGUCCGUUGAUUGAUUCUAUAUCACUAUAAAAUCUUCACGCUCAUUUCCUCAAGAUACGUCUUUCAUUGUAUGCAAAGAAGAAAUCAUGAAAGCGUCUAAAUUCACCACGGUACUGUACAAGGAAUGCUGUUGAAAAUUAAUUAAAGCAAUACAAUUAAUCAAUGAAACACUUGCUGCUGUGACAAUGUUGAUUUUAAUGUUUGAUUUGUAUACAUUUUUAAGUAACUAUCUACAGCUGUUGUGUAGAUAUUUUUCUAGUUAUGUUUAAAAAUGAAAUGAAUGUGAAGAAAUAUGAGAGUUAGUCACCUCAUUUUCGUCUUUAUUACCAUAAGAAAUUACAUUUAUUAAGGGAAUACGUUUUUGAAAAUAGCAAUACAGUAUUUGUACUUGUUUUCUUAUUUUAACAAAAUGUUUCAGUGUCUGGCAACACAUAUUGCUGUGUUUGCUCUGCAGAACUCCUAUUAAAUUUCCCAAUAAAUCUGUAUAUUAAGCCA